AAACGUCAACGUAAUUGUGCUACCUGGUAUUCUAGAGCUUUCAUCACCCAAGAACCACGAAACACGGGUAAAAGCGUAAAGUAAACUUGGGUAGGUGCUGGUGAAAAGAGAGAAAAAAAUCCGGAAAUUAGUGACCCAUUAGGGAAAGUGUAUCCAGCGCACUGGUGAAAGGUUGCUCGAUGCAAACGAGCAAAGGCGAAACCGGUCCUGCCCGUCAACAAAGAAGAGUUUGCCCGUCCCCAGAACGGACGAGCUCGGGAACGAACAUUUCCUCAGCUGUGUGGCAUUAGCACGGGGGUACCGCUGUGCGUGUGUGUUCUGUUCUUGUUACCAUCUACACCCGCACUCGCUGGAAAAUCGUCUUUCAAGCGUCGAGUUGCUGACCGAGGUUCCGAUCCGCAAUUACAGUGCGUCGCUACAUCACACGAACCCGCUGUCGUCCACCCUCAAUCCGUCCUUCCGAGCAACUUGUGUACGCCACCACCCGCUUGGUGAAUCAGGUGUGUGUUAUUCAUGGUGACGGUGUAGGCAACUGCAGGUGCCGUACGAAAAUUCGUCCAAGCUCUGGUCACGGGAGCUUCUACCACAACGGUGAAGGUGUAUGUGUUCCAGUGAACGUUUUGCGUGCCCUGCCUUCGGUCGAAACAAGUAGCCGCCCUACGGCGUCAAGAAGUUCCAAAGUUGAAAGGCCCUGUAGGUGAACCAUUAACUAUUCACCAAAUCGAAACACCCGUACACCGCUGCGCCUACUUCCUAGGACCAAUGUCAGACGAUCAGAGUUCACAAUCCUCCCCAGCAACCACACCAUCCUCAGCACGUCCCUUCAUGCCACUGCCGCUGGAACUGAACGGCGAGCGAAGGAAACCGUCCAAAAAGCUCAGCUUCCAAGGAUGCCAGGGCGGGCAGGCGCCGGUCAUACCGGAUCCUACGCGCGAACGCAUACGAAUGCAGGCGACGGCGGGCAAACUACAGAUCGCGCCAAACCAAACGUACGACUUCACCUCGGAAGACAUGAUCGACGAGGGUGAAAUAGGGCGCGGUGCGUUCGGUGCCGUCAACCGGAUGAAGUUCACGCACACGGGCACGGUGAUGGCGGUGAAGCGGAUCCGCUCGACCGUGGACGAGAAGGAGCAAAAGCAGCUGCUGAUGGAUCUGGAGGUGGUGAUGAAGUCGAACGACUGCAACACCAUCGUCACGUUCUACGGGGCACUGUUCAAGGAGGGCGACUGCUGGAUCUGCAUGGAGCUGAUGGACACGUCGCUGGACAAGUUCUACAAGUUUAUCUGCGAAAAGCAGCAGAGCCCCAUCCCGGAACCGAUACUGGCGCAGAUCACGUUCGCGACGGUCCGCGCGCUCAACUAUCUGAAGGAGGAGCUGAAAAUUAUCCACCGGGAUGUAAAACCGAGCAAUAUACUGCUGAAACGGAACGGCGACAUUAAGCUGUGCGAUUUCGGCAUCUCCGGCCAGCUAGUGGAUUCGAUCGCACGCACCAAGGAUGCCGGCUGCCGGCCGUACAUGGCGCCCGAACGCAUCGAUCCCCAGCGCGCUAAGGGUUAUGACGUGCGCAGUGACGUGUGGUCGCUCGGAAUUACGCUGAUGGAGGUGGCGACCGGGAAGUUCCCCUAUCCAAAGUGGGGCUCCGUGUUUGAGCAGCUUUCACAGGUUGUCGAAGGUGACCCGCCUAGACUGUCCACCACCUACAAUGGGAUGGAAUUUUCGAUAGAUUUUGUAAAUUUUGUAAAUACCUGUUUAAUUAAAGACGAGCGCGAUCGUCCCAAGUACGGUCGGCUGUUGCAGCAUCCGUUCAUUCAGCAGGCCGAAAAAAGUGACACAGACGUAGCGGCGUACGUAAGCGAAGUGCUGGAAUCGAUGGCCAACAAUGGUAUCACGCAGUUUACCACGGACCUGCCAGCGGAAGGUUGGAACGAAAGCUUCAAUUAGGAUGUGAGCAGUGGGAAAAAAAGUUACCCCGUUACGCAAUAUGCAUAAUAUCUAUUCGUUCCGGUAGAAACGUAUCAAACGACGUGUAAGUUAGGCCGCAUUUUGAUUGUGCACUAUCUUUUGUUUAAAAAUUCCACCGCUCACUCUCUCCACACCUGUCCAAAACGUUCUAGUCUAUUUUGAAGGAUACAUUCGGCUUAGAUUCGUUGCAUUGUGCAAUUACUAUCGAAUUUCCUACCUCUCUAUUUCAGUUUAUUCAGAAAUUAAGCAUGUAGAAUUUGAAAAAGAUCCUUCAGAACAAUUCAGUUUGCUCGUAACGGACUUAAACUGUCAGCAACAGCAAUGUUUUAACUCAAAAUCCCAACAGUAAAAUAAGGGCGCGGACAAUAAUGAACUAGAAUUCUGGACAGCGAAUUAGUGAUUUUUUUUUUUCAUGGAUACACAACAUUGUGGCAAUUCGGAUUGAUUUCUGAUUAAGCAUUCGUUUUUUUUUUUAAAGAAACAAAACACACGAGAUUCUUUGAUAGGUAAAGUAAACAUAAUUUAAAAGAAAAACGGACAAAUGCGCAGGAAUUUAUCCCGGUCAGGAAUAAAGGCAGAUUUUGUUCGUAAACAUUCAAACAACUACUACCAUUCACUCACAUACACAAUUACAAAUAAUCACACACAAACACACACAAUUAGCAAGUAAGUAGCAAAGCAAAGCAAAAUUAGGCUCCUUGUGUAAUCCUCAUUUUGUUGUGCACCCCAGAAUGAAUGGAGGGAACCGGGACGAUUUCUGGACGAGUAAGGAUAAAACAGUAAAAGCUGAUAACACGAUGUGUAAACGUGGAAGAGAGUGGGAAGGGAAGGGAAAGAGAUGAAUAACAUUCAUAUGUAGAACCUACAAUAUCCUACACAGUUGGUUGUUGUUAGUUGUUGAAAAGCGGGGAAAACAAAACGUAGGCAAAAUGUGAUCCUUUUGACUGGUUUUCAUUUUUCUAUUAAAGCCAUUUUGUGAUGCAAUGAUGAGAUAAAUGAUAGUAGCGAUUAGCAAACUGUAGCGUAAUGGUAAGGUGAGAGCUGACACAUACACAGAGGAAACGAUUACUAAAACUACACCACUAAUUAUCUACUAAAAACCAAACAAAACGUUUAAACACGGAUUUACUAACACUCACACAAUACACAGGAAACGUUUUCGCUAGCAGGAAACGAGUAGUAGCAGGUAUUAUAGUGUUCUAGUAGUAGUAACAGUAGUAAUAAGGAUAGCAACAGCAAGCAAAAGAAAACAUGGCAAGAGGAACGAUUUUUAGCAAUUGUUUAAAAAAACAAAACAAAAAUGAUCCUCUCCAUUAGUCCCACGUGGCGCUGUGCUGGAGGGUAGAAUAUUCAUAACACUUUCUUCCGGAGUAACUACUUGAACACUACUAGAGUUCUGGCGCAAUAGAAGAAAAAACAUGACGAGAAAGAGCCACUAUACUUGAACUGUACCGUUGAAUGUUAACUGUGCUUUCAUCAA